AUGGUAUUCAACAUCAUCAGAUGGAAGGAGUCGUUGCUUGUGCUGAUAUUCAGCACCACGUUCAUCACGUGCAUCAAUGGAAGAUCGCAAAGAAAGAAACGAGAUGCGGGCACGAACCUAUGUGCCCCGCUAAAAUCCCCGGCUCACGGAACAAUUGCGUGUGGGGCUGGAUUUCCAUUUUACACGUGCACAGCAACAUGUGAUGCCGGGUACCAGUUCCCGUCUGGACAGACGUCAGAUAAGCGGGACUGUGACCAGAUGUUUGGGGAGUGGUUUGACCCUCCCGGCAAAGCAAUCCCCGACUGCGUUCCAUUUUGCAAGCCGGAGUGUGCAAAUGGUGGAACAUGCAUACUACCAAAUGUCUGCACAUGCCCAGAUGGCUACAUGGGAAAACUCUGUCAAUAUCCCACAUCUAACUGCGCGGCACCAUCUGAUCCCCAGAACGGCAAGCUAACCUGUUCACAUGACACUUCUGGUGCCAGAUGCACUGCAGUAUGCAACCAGGGAUUUAAACCAGCAUGGACAAUUUCUCCGUCAUAUGUCUGUUACCCCGAUGGCAAAUGGUCGCCACCAAAGUCGGAAAUCCCGUACUGUGUACCAGAAUCCACUUUGUUAAACAGUUCGCUCGCUAAUAUAAGCACAAAUCAUCCAAGUACCGGAAGUGCUCGUUGCGUGGCAUGGGGUCAGGACCACUACAGGACAUUUGACAACAAGGUCUACCACUACAAGGGUACAUGCUCUUACGUCCUUGUCAAGGACGCUGUGGCCAACAGCUUCCACAUCCAUGUGCAGAACGAUAAAAACUGUCAACCCGGUCACAGGUGCAAGCGGGAAAUGGAAAUAUACAUGGGAAAUGAGGUCAUAUCUCUCAAACGUGACGUGAACGGACCGAGUAUUAAAUGGAAUGGCGCUGCAGUAACUAUCCCCAGCAACAAAGGUGGUGUGAUCUUUGAGAAAGUGAGUCAUUACAUUAUCAUCCGAAGCAACAUUGGCUUCCAAGUCCGCUGGGACGGCUACGAGAUGGUAUUUGUAACAGUUACAGAUGACCUCAAAGGCAAAACACAAGGUCUGUGCGGUAUUUAUGACGGGGAUCAGAGCAAUGACUUUACUACAGACACCGGUGUUGUGGUAUCAGAGCCAGCAGCUUUUGUAACUACCUGGAAACGAUCACUAGCUGGAGAAGUAUGUCCGGACACACCUCAGACAGGCUGCAGCACAGCCGACCCCAAGGUAGUCAGUACAGCAUCUGGAGAAUGCAAUGCACUUAUGGGGAAUGAAUUUGCCACUUGCCAUCAUGCUGUGGAUCCCAGGCCUUACGUAUUGGCCUGUCAGGAGGACUGUUGUACCACAUCAGGAUCGAGUUGUGUCUGCAGCAGUCUACAGGCGUACGCAACCGAGUGUCUGAAACUAGAUAUCAAAAUAAAUUGGAGAUCCAAACAAAGCUGUUCUGUAAAAUGUCCUACAAACCAAGUAUAUAAGCAAUGCGGCAGUAUGUGUGCAAAGACUUGUCAGUCGCCGGCGGCAUCAUGUGAGGAUCACUCCUGUAUCGACGGUUGUUUCUGUCCCGACGGCAUGGUACUUCACAAUAACACGUGCGUACAACAAAGCCAGUGCCCGUGUGUGCUGAAUGGAAAGGAGUACACCAGUGGAGAAGUUGUUCCUGAUGAAUGUAACAAGUGUACAUGCAUGGAUGGUUCGUGGAAAUGUACGACAAAGAGAUGUGACGCCACGUGUUCCGCCGUUGGUGACCCUCAUUACAUGACCUUUGACGGCAAACGGUACGAUUUCAUGGGUCAGUGCUCCUAUUACCUGAUCCAUGACCCAAACUAUGACGUCAUCGCUGACAACAUAAGAUGCGGACAUGGAGAGGCGUCCUGUACCAAGAGUAUAACAAUUCAUAUUACUGGACAUCAAAUCAAAAUGGACCACAAUCACCAGCUUUUCGUAGACGGAAGUGAAAUUACCGCCUUACCUUUUACAAAUGAUGGGAUAAAGAUAUAUAUGGUAUCAUCUCUCUUUAUGAAGGCGGAGCUUGCGAAUGGUAUAACAAUUUUAUGGGACGGACGAACGAGAGCUUACAUAACUGCUCCGCCCACCUUUAUCAACAAAACUAAAGAGUCCUUGUGA